AUGAGAAAAAAAUCAAUCUUAAAGAAAGCAAGAUAUUUAUCACAAGCAGAAGAAACUUCCUGUAUAUUAGAUGGACAAAAUAAUGAAACAGAAGAAAAUGGAGAUAACUCUAGCGAAAGAAGUCAACUCAAUAUAGAAAUUAAAACAUUUAUGGAAGAUACUAAUAAUGAACUUAAUUUUUAUCUCAAUGACAACGAAAUUAAUAAUCCUACAGAUAAAUGUCAAAAGUCAUCCUCAUAUGUAAAUUGGAGAGGAAUGGACUUUGUUAAUUUAGUAUUAAAUGAAGAUAAAAAUCAUAAUGUCUCAAGUCUUGUUGAUUGUUGGAAUAAAAAACAAAGUUCUUUCGAGACGCAAAUACAUGAUAAAACAAAUUCAUCAUGCAAUUUGAAAAAUUUUGAUUAUUGUGCUGUUUUGAAUAAAAAUGAUGAUUGCACCAGUCCUUAUAAAGAUAGUGAUAUACCUGGGUUAAUAUCAUUAACGAAUGAUCAACUCAAGGAGGAUCAAUAUCAAGCAAAUAAAACUAGAAUUAUUUAUGAUAGACUUACUAAGUUUACUAAUAUUACUAGUGAUAUAUCUAAUUACUAUUAUAAAGUAUAUGAACGUGAUGAAAGUCAACUUAAUUGUGGAAAGUGGAGUAUGUAUAUAUAUAAGAGAGGAAGACAAUUUGUUAACAUGAACUACUAUGAGUUUUACUUGGAAGAAUCUUUUAGAAAAGAUUCUACUAAUAUUUGGAAUGCUUAUAGCACUAAUAAGCAAAAUAGUAUAUUAAAUGACACAGGUAAUCGAUGUAAUAUGACAUCACUAAUUUAUGAAAUUAAAAAGAGAGAGAAUACAACUGAACGAUAUGAUAUAUCUUGGAUUCCUUCAGAUAAGCAGGAUAAUUCUAAUGGAUCUUUAUAUCCUACAACUCCCUUACCAACUAUUACAGAAUCUACAAUGGAAAUUUCUGACACACCACAUUUUAGGAAUGAUGUAGAUCCAUUAGAUGAUGAAAGAAAAGCUAAAAUGGGCGGUUUUAGAGAUUCUAAAAAUGUUACCCUAAAUGCUAUAUCAUCAUGGGAUGAUAAAGAUAAAUUUGAAAUGGCUGAAAAAGCUGAAAAGGCUGCAAAAGCUGCAGCUCCUGUUCCUCUAGAAGAUCCAACACAACCCAUUUCUUUAACUUCAAAUAGCACAAAUGAACAUAACUCGUCUAUGAAUGAAACUACAAUUUUACCUUCUACAGAUGAUAACUCUAUACUUCCUACCACUAUCGUUGAAUCUCCUGAAAGUAAUACUACGACUUCAACAAGUGUACCUUCUCCUGAAACUACACUAUCUCAUACAAACAUGUUUUCUGCAGAUAGCAGUUCAUCUUCCUCAGGAAUUUCUGCAUCCCCUAUUGAUGGGCUUACUAAUUCUACAACUGAUGAUGAUGCUUCUUCAUUCAAUGGUACACAUUCUACAAAUAACCAUCCAUCACCUGCUAUGGAUAUGCCCGAAUCUCCCACUCCUAGCAGUGCACAACCUAUAACUGUUACUGAAAUUAAUUCUAAUGAUACUGCACCUUUUGUAAAUGAAUCAUCAUCUGAGGCACCUCAUUCUAAAUCUCCUGUGGAGGUACAUGCUCCUAUAAUUAAAGCUACACUUCCCAAAAAUGAUACUGUGUCUCCAUCCUCAUUUAAAUCUUUAGCGCCUUCAGAUAACAAUGCAUCUCCUAAUAAUACAAUUGAAUCUAAUAGAACAAAUAAUGAUAUGCAAUUAAUUGGAAAAAUCUAUCCCCCAACACAAAGUUCACAAAAUACACUUACUCCUAUUGCUCAACAUAAUAUAUUACCUUUAAGCGCAGCUCAAAAUGAUACAUUAUCAAAUUGUUCGGGCAUUUGUCCUAAAAAUAUGAAUGUUCCAAAUAUUACUACCGCACAAACUCCACUGGAUAAUAAUACUGAAGCUACCCCUACUGUUAAACCCAUAGGAAAAGUACUAAUAACAGGCGUUUCAGUAGGUAUAUUUAUUUUAGGAAUUGUUCUCCUUUUAAUUAUUAUAUAUAGAUGCACUCCUAUUGGAUCUUGGAUUCGUAAUCGAAAAUCAAAGAAAAAAAAAAUAAGAAAAAAGAUAAAAAAAAUUUCAAAGAAACCAAUGCCAUUAUCUACAAAUAAUAUAGAGGAUGGAACAAUGAAUAGUGGAAAUCACUCUUUGUUACAGCACGAAAAACAAAUACCAUCAUGUGAGGUUAGUUUUGAAAGUGAAAGAAAUUCGAAACAUGAGCAAAUGGGAAAAUCCAAAGAACUUAAAGGAAUAUACAAUGAAAAAGGAAAUAUACGCAUUUGUGAUGAUAAAGAAGAAGGGUCAAAUAUGCAUGAAAAUAAAUUUAUAGGUGAAGAAAAAUUAAAUACAGAUAAUCCUAAAAGUGAAAUUAAAAAAGAAGAAUUGAGUGGAAAUGAACCUAGUAGUGAAAAUAAAGAUGAAUAUAAUAAAAAUAUAUUAGAAAAAGAUCCUGUUCAUAUUGUAUAUCAUAUUAGGAAUGGCACAUUAAAUGAGGAAAAAGCAAAUGAAAUAAAUUCGCAAAAGGAAAAAUCUACAUGUGAAAUUGAAAUGAAAAAUUUAGGAAAUAAAACGUCAAUCAAGAAUGAUGUAUGUAAUUGGAAUUCAUGGGUAGAUAUACAUAUGACUGCAUUGCUAGAGUGUAAAAAAGAGGAAUGGAAAUUGAAUAAAACAGAAUUUUUUAAUAUUUGUUUAGAAGAGAUAGAAAAAGAUGGAGAAAAUUCUAAUUUAAAAGAAAUGCGAAAUCAUUUUAUAAUGAAAAUUAAAGAAGAAAAUAGUAACGAUAAAAUAGUUAAAAAAAGUAGUAUAUUAGAGAAAUAUAAAAAUGAAAAGUGGUUUAUUAAUUUGAAGAAAGAGUGGAAAGAAGAACAAGAAAAAUACUUAGGAUAUUUAGAUGAACAAGAAAUUGAAAAAAUGACAGAAAUGGGAGUAAAUAAUUUUAUGCUAGAUAAAAAAAAAAAAAUAUGGAAGAAAUGGAUAGAAUGGCAAAUAGAGCAUUCAUACGAAUACAAAAAUCAGAAAUGGUUUGUACAAUUGCUAGAAGAAUAUGAAAAAGAAGAAAUUGAUAAAAAUUUAAAGGAAGAAAAAAUAGAGAAAGAAAGAAAUAAUGGAAUAGAUAAAAAUGAAAUGAAGAAAAAUUUGGAAAGGAGAAUUUUGUUAGAUAUUCAUAUGAUGGUAUUAGAGGAAUGUACGAAAGAAGAGUGGGAAAAAGAAGAAGAAUUUUUUAAGGCAAAUAUGGAAGAGAUAAAAAUAUAUAAAAAUUUGGACGAAGAAACAAACAUAUUAGAUAAAAUAGAAAGAGAAAGAAGUUGGAAUGUUAUAUCAGAGAAUAAAAAAGAAGAAAUAGAAAAAUGGAAAAAAGAAAAAUGGUUUAUUGAGUUAAUGUUAGAAUGGAAAAAUAAAUCUUUAAGAAUACAACUUUUUUUUUUUAAAUUUCUUUUUCAAGUCAGUUAUUUAUUAAUUAACCAUUCAAUGUUAUUGCUAGUAUCUAACAAACAAAUUAAUAAAGUUCAUAUAAGGAGAAUUUUACAUAUUUUUAUUUUUUUAAAUUAG